AUCCAUAUAGCUGUAUGGGUCCCAUCACACCACACACACCAUUCCAACUUUUUUUUUUCUCUUCUUUUCAUUUCUAUCUUCUCUCAAUAUUUGUACUAUAUCUUCUCCCUAAAAUUCCUCUCCAUAUAACUAAACACUUUCCAUUCACUACUAACUAGUAAUAACCACCACAAAAAUCUACAACAAAAAAUGGUGGGUUUGAGUGUAGUUUUAGAAUCUCAAAAAAGUGGUACAACUAUAAGCAAGAACAACAAGAAAACUCCACAAGUUAUUAACAAAACAAUGAUGCUUAAUAACAUCAUUAAACAACAUCCUUUUCAUCAUGAAUCUCAUUUUCAGGAACAACAACAUACAACGUUUCUUGAACUAUGUUUUCUCUGCAGGACAAGGUUGUUGCCAGGAAAAGACAUCUAUAUGUACAAAGGGGAUAGAGCUUUCUGCAGUGUGGAAUGUAGAUGCAAGCAGAUUUUCAUGGAUGAGGAAGAAAGUAACAACAAUAUUCAGAAUGAGAACUGUUACUAUGCUGCAAUAUCUUCAUCUUUGUCUUCAACUUCAUCUUCUUCAAAAGGUUCUUAUCAUAAAAAAGGAAGAGGAAACCAAAAAGGUGGUUUUGCUUAUUGAUACAUGAAUGAAGAAAGAAAAGUAGGUUAGAGUUAGAGAGUAGAGUGAAAAUAUUGUGAGAAAAAAAUGGGUGGUUUUUCUUUUUAUUUUUUAUUUUUGUUUUGAAAUAGUUAUUUAUGUUCCGGUUUUACCCUGGUUAAUGUUGUGAUAAGUUCAAAGUGUUUUGUCCUUUUGUUUCCUUGUAUGAAGCUGAAACGUCCUUUCUACUUUAUAUUUUAUUUUAUUAUUAUGGGCUCCA